AUGGAGGCUCACACCAUGGCUUAUAUUCAUAAAGCCCAUAUCUCAAGAGAGGAUGAGGCCGAAUCUAGCUCGGUUGAGGGUCCGCGGUUUGAUCAGAACUCCAUUGAGACCGGAACUUCCAAGGCUGCUGGGUCUUCUAAACUCGGCGCGUUCUUUCCCCUAGGAGCUCGGCGCAGUCGUGAGCGACCUCAUCGCGGCUGGCGAGGAGGACCAAGACUCUUUUGGUCUUUCGAUUUUGACACCGAACACACGGGAUCCUUCGGGGCCAAGCCUAGGUCAGUAUAUAAAGUUAGUUCGUUUUAA